AGUAGGCUAAACGAACAACACAGGUCCCCCCAUGUCUGACGCGGGAGAGGAAAGCGAAGGCGGCAGGAGAGCACAUCUGUCGGAGUCUUCCUCGCCGCCUCUAUCUGUUGGUCUUCCCCGAGAGUCUCCUUCUUCGCGGCCCCUGGACCUCUUCUCCUCAGCUUCUCCGCUGCUUGGGGAAUCGGACCCGCCUUUUCUCUCCUCCUCGGAGUGUCUGCACACCUCUCCAGGGGGCCGGGAUCUCGGGGGUUCCACACAUUUCACGCCGCCAAAGUUCCGCCAACCUGACUUGGACACCGGGUGUAUAUCACGGUCACGGCCGGAUUUGCGGACAGAUGUCGAAUAUGAAGAGCACGAUGUCCAGCUUCCCAUGUGGAGAGGACGAGGCGCGGAGAGCACUGAGCGCCUUCAGCACCGCGGACAGCGACUCCACAGGGCUCCGGAGCUGCCGGACCUCGGGAACCACUUCUCUGCUGAGCACAUAGACACCGAGUUCAGCUCAGAUACCCGGCAAUCGGUAGAAGCCAUGCAUCGCCGGCACACCACUCUGAGGGAAAAGGGGCGUCGCCAGGCAGUGCGGGGUCCUGCCUACAUGUUCAAUGAGCGCGGCUCUGCUCUCACUGCAGAAGAGGAACGGUUUCUGGAUGCUGCAGAAUAUGGAAACAUUCCUGUGGUGCGCAAAAUGCUGGAAGAGUCCAAAACACUGAACUUCAAUUGUGUGGACUACAUGGGCCAGAAUGCUUUACAGCUGGCAGUAGGCAAUGAACACCUGGAAGUUACUGAACUGCUGCUGAAAAAAGAUGGGUUGGCUCGGAUCGGGGACGGCCUGCUCUUGGCCAUUUCCAAAGGUUAUGUCAGAAUAGUGGAGGCCAUUCUCGGCCAUCCUGCUUUUGGUGGAGGUCUCCGUCUGGCUUUGAGUCCUCUGGAGCAAGAGAUGCGCGAUGAUGACUUUUACGCAUAUGACGAGGAUGGAACUCGUUUCUCGCAUGAUAUCACACCCAUCAUUUUGGCAGCUCACUGCCAGGAGUAUGAAAUUGUUCACAUACUUCUGACGAAGGGGGCGCGUAUAGAAAGGCCCCAUGACUACUUCUGCAAAUGCUUGGAAUGUAUGGAGAAACAGAAGAAGGACUCCUUCAGUCACUCACGCUCCAGAAUGAAUGCAUACAAGGGCCUGGCCAGUGCAGCCUACCUGUCACUCAGCAGUGAGGACCCUGUCCUAACAGCCCUUGAGCUCAGCAAUGAACUGGCAAGACUCGCCAACAUCGAAACAGAGUUUAAGAAUGACUACCGUAAGUUGUCCAUGCAGUGUAAAGACUUUGUGGUGGGUGUGCUGGAUCUUUGUCGAGACACAGAAGAAGUUGAAGCUAUUCUGAACGGUGAUGUGGAUCAGUGCCCACCAAGCCCCUACAACCGACCCUGCCUCAGCCGCGUCAAGUUGGCCAUCAAAUAUGAAGUUAAAAAGUUUGUUGCCCAUCCCAACUGCCAACAGCAGCUGCUGACCAUUUGGUAUGAAAAUCUUCCUGGCCUGAGGCAGCAGUCCAUCGGUGUGAAGUGCUGGACAGUCCUGGGGGUAACCGUGGGUCUGCCCUUCCUGGCUAUCGCCUACUGGAUAAUGCCAUGUAGCAAGGUAGGAUGUUACUACAAAAUAAUCAGAAGGAUGUAUACAGGACAAGCUAUGAAUAGUUGUUUCUACAGGAAUAAGAACAUUAAAAACAAUAGAAACUAG